AGAUUUACCUGGUUCAGCUCCGAGGGUUUUUCCUUUCGGACUACGUUUCCCAGAAGACACUGCGACCAAAGCUACUUCCGGUAGAACAUCGGCAGAAGGGUCGGCCGCUGAGGCCGGUAAGGCGGCUACCCCACCAGUGUAGUGUGUUGGGCGAGGCUCGCAACCUCGCCUGGAAUGCGAAUCAAAAUUUGGACCAGAGGCCUUCCUGAGGAUGCUGAAGGUGAGGAAUCCUGGAGCUCCAGGGUUUGCAAUACUUUCUUUGGAUUGUGAGUUUCUUCUAAAGUGGAACUAAGAAGAGGACUAAUAAAUAUAUUGAAUUCUAUAAAAAGCCAUGGCCCAUGGGUUGGUGAUGUUCAAAGAUGUGGCUAUAGAUGUCUCUCAGGAGGAAUGGGAAUGCCUGAACCCUACGCAGAGGAGUUUGUACAAAGAUGUGAUGUUGGAGAACUAUAGCAACUUGGUUUCACUGGGACUUUCUAUUUCUAAGCCAGCUGUGAUUUCUUCAUUAGAGCAAGGGAUGGAGCCCUGGAUGGUUAUGAGGGAAGUGACAGGAAAACAGUGCCCAGACUUGCUGUCCAGGUGUGAGGCCAAGAAGUUAUCUCCAAAAAGAGAUAUUUAUGAGACCGAGUCAUCCCGAUGGGCUAUCAUGGAAGAAUUAAAAAGUCAUAAUCCUGAGAAAUCCAUUUUCAGAGAUAUUUGGGAAUGCAAUACUCCAUUUGAGACACAACAGGAAAAAGAGGGCUAUUUCAGGCCAUAUGUUAUCAGCCAUGAACACAUGCCUGCAUUUAACCAACAUUCUUUACUAACUCAGGAAUUUUAUAGUAGAGAGAAAAUCUAUGGAUGUAAAGAAUGUAGAAAAAACUUCAGUUACCAUUUACUUUUUAGUGAUCACAGAAGAACCCAUACUAAAGAAAAACUUUCUGAAUGUAAGGAAUGUGCAGAAAUUCUUAAUACGUCGUACCUUACUCAACAGAGAAUUCAAAAUAGUAACAAGUGCAAUGAAUGUAAGGAAUGUUGGAGGGCUUUUAUUCAUUGUCCACAACUUAAACACCUGAGAAUCCAUAAUGGCGAAAAACGCUAUGAAUGUAAAGAAUGUGGGAAGGCCUUUAAUUAUGGCUCGGAACUUAUUCUGCAUCAGAGAAUUCACACUGGUGAAAAACCUUAUGAAUGUAAAGAAUGUGGGAAGGCCUUUAGGCAGCGAUCACAGCUUACUCAACAUCAGAGACUUCAUACUGGUGAAAAGCCUUAUGAAUGCAAGCAGUGUGGGAAGGCUUUUAUUCGUGGCUUUCAACUCACUGAACAUCUGCGACUCCAUACUGGUGAGAAACCCUAUGAAUGUAAAGAAUGUGGAAAGAGUUUUAGGCAUCGCUCACACCUUACCAUACAUCAGAGGAUUCAUACUGGUGAGAAACCCUAUGAAUGUAGAGAAUGUGGAAAGGCCUUUAGCUAUCACUCAAGCUUCUCUCACCAUCAGAAAAUUCAUUCUGGCAAAAAACCUUAUGAAUGUAGUGAAUGUGGGAAAGCCUUUUGUGAUGGCUUACAACUUACCCUACAUCAGAGGAUUCAUACUGGUGAGAAACCCUAUGAAUGCAAGGAAUGUGGGAAGACUUUUAGACAGUGCUCACAUCUCAAAAGACAUCAGAGAAUUCAUACUGGUGAGAAACCUCAUGAAUGUAUGAUAUGUGGUAAGGCCUUUAGACUUCAUUCACACCUUAUUCAACAUCAGAGAAUACAUACUGGUGAGAAGCCCUAUGAAUGUAAGGAAUGUGGAAAGACCUUUAGCUAUCAUUCAAGCUUCUCACACCAUCAGAGAAUUCAUUCUGGGAAGAAACCUUAUGACUGUGGAAAGGCCUUUAAUCAUGGCUUACAAUUUAAUAUACAUCAGACACUUCAUACUGUUGAGAUGCCAGUAAAGUUUCCUCUUCUCUCUCCCCAUCCUAGUCUAGCAUCAUGA